UGACCGUUGUGGCUUUGAUCCGACUUUGUGGUCCGCGACGCAAAAGCAACAACACAGACUUCUUCGUGCGUCCUCCUCAAGGGCAAGACUACUACGAAGACGACGGCGAACAAGGCUCCACAAACUGACCCUUGAACACCCUCUACUCUGCCUUUGCUCCAUCGCUCCGCAACCAGUCGACUUCACCUCGCAAGCAGACGCGGACGACUUCGUAUCCCUCAUCGAGGAUGUCUGUCCCAUCAGUACCAGCAAAAGCAAGAGUAGCGCCGCAGACACACAGGCGGGACAGCAGAGUGGUUCGCUGGGCCAGAUGCAGGGGCGAUCCCAGCCCAAGGACCCUGUGGCGCAAGCUUCGUCAUCGUCUUCAGCUCACUCUCAGUCUCAGUUCCAAUCGCAAGAUCAAGGAAGCACAGCCAGGCCAGCAGCAGAAACAGUAGCGGGAGCGUCAGAUGGAUGCUCCCAGCCGGCGAGCAGUCAAGCUAAGGCCAAAGCCAAGAUCCAGGCUCAGACAGGGAGGAAUCCUGCCCCAUCCGGCACAGGAAAGCCCAAGAAGAUGCUGACCACGGCCGUGGCCACGGCUAAGAAGGGUGUCAAGCGCCGGACGACGGAGAGCGGUUGUACCAGGCCACGAACCACUACGGCCGUGACGGCGACCGGUGGCCGCAAGAGGGAGAAGAGACGCAGGAUCUCUGGCGAAGAGGCGGAGGAUGAGGGGCACACCGUUUUCCACUUGGCAAAAGCACCCAUGGCUACGGCUCCAGCUCCAGCUGCAGCUCCAGGCACGCCCGACUCGCAACCUCUCGCCGUGGCCCAAGGCCCGUUCCCUUUGCAAGCAAUCAACAGCACCGCGUCGAUCUCGCGAUCGCAGUCGCAACCCCCCACUCUCAGCCUGUCCGCCUCUCCCUCAUCGCAAAACCCCCCACUCCCCGGGCAGUCUCCCACCAACUCCUCCGACUCUCGCAGCAUCACGCGCACCCCCGACGGGGAAGCAGCGUCCAGCAUCGACAUGGACAUCGCCCUCGCAUCACUCUGCGCGCGUGCAACGAACUCGCCUGCCCAUCUGAUGGAUCAGGCAAACCAGCUCUUGGAGAACCCGUUGAUGGACGUCUUUGUCGACACGAUGGCUCAGUGGCUUCAGAGUAGCAGCGAGUAGGGGUGGUGGUGGUGAGGUCAUGAAUGCGGCGGCGCCGUAAAGCAAGCGAGCGGAGAGAUGUGCGUGGGCGGGGGCGAUGGCUCACUCUAGGCGGAGGGCGG